AUGUUUCUUAAUAAUAUAAGUAGCCAAAAACUGCUGAAUACCAUACUAUUGCUAUCGAUUUUCCAGAUUGGUCUCAUUGCUUGUUCACCAAGCAACAAAAAUAAAAAUGAUGGUAAUAGUAUUAGCCCACCAAGUACAAAUCCUGAGAAACCAGAUUUAUUUUGUGCUGUUAUGAACCCAAGUACAGGAUCAUAUAUCGAUCUUUCUCAUCUAUCGUCUACACCGAACAAAUCCAGGGAUAAUACAAAAGUACAUAAAAACAGCAAUGUUAAAAGUAGGAAAGAUAAGACAGAUACAAGUAAGACAAGAUGGUUAGUAAGAGGUUGGGAUUAUGAUACUAAUUUCACAUUAAGUAUAUGUUCGAGUCCCGUUACUAAGACUGAAGAAGAUCAAUUGAGUAAUUUAACAGGUGGGUAUUAUAUUGAUCAAAAAGAUUCUUCUAAAUUAAUUUCGAUUGGUAAUUUUGCAACUGAACCCAAAAUUAUGGGACCACCGAAUAAUAAGAAAUUGACUUUGAAAUAUGAGAAUGGAUCUAUGUGUCCUAACGGAAGGGAUAAGAAAGCAACUUUAUUGAAUUUCGUUUGUGAUAGAGAUAUUUCAACAAAGGCUCAAAUUUCUUACAUUGGGAGUUUGGCUGAUUGUUCUUAUUUUUUCGAAGUUCGUAGUAUUUAUGCAUGUCCGACGUCGAAUAAGGAAAAUGAGGUUAAUGUUGUUGGAAUUUUCUUUGGGAUAUUCUUUGUUUUCUUUUUAGUCGAAUUGGGCAGAAGAUGGUUGAAUAAAAAGACUACACGUGGUAAUAACACCAGUUAUUCAAGGUAUCAAGAUUUGGGAUCAUCAGAUAAUCAAAUUGAUUCAACAGUGAACCUAUAUCCAAGAUGGGCGCAAGGGGGUAGUAAUAUAUCACCAUGGAUGAAACCAUUUGUUGGUGUCAAGAAUUUAAUUGUUAGGAUUGCCUCUAGAGGUACAAGAGAUCGACAUUUGUCAAAUAUUCCUGGGACCACAUUCUCACGGUAUCCAAUUAGACUAAGAUCCACCUCUGAUAUUAGUAAUGGUACAUCAUUUUUCCGUGACAUGGAAGCUCAAAAUGAUAUGCUUGAUAGUAUUGCUAUCCCUGAUGGACUGUCAAAUUCCAAUUCCAAUUCCAAUUCAGAGACUGCAUCAGCUUUAAAUUCUCAUACUUAA